AUGCACGCCUUCACCCCUCUCUUCGUCUCUCUGCUCCUCAGCAGCACUGCUCUCGCCGCCUCCAACGUCGGCAUCAUGCCCCGCAGCAUCCUUCUGAGCGGCCGUCAGCUCCAGUGCUCUGGUGCAAACCCAAACAUCUGCGAGCAGACCGAGAACACAAUCAAGUGCGGGCAGAACUGCUGUUCUGACGGAACCAGCUGCGAAUUCGGCUACAGCUGUCAAUCUGGCGGGAGGUGCUGUGAUAUAACUAAACCACUCUCCCAGUGCGGUGUAGCAACACUCUGCUACGAUGCGAGUGAUUCCAGGUGUCCCGGUUCUGAGGCUUGCUGCCCCAGCAGCGCCCCAUACUGCACCUACCAAGGUGGUCGUGCCAUCUGCGAGCUCAACCAGAGCUUCACCAUCACCAACACGCUCACAUCUACUUCCACCAACGUUAACACCAUCACGUCCACCCACAGCGCCGUUGUGACCCCCAGCUCUUCCGCCACCAAGAGCUCUGGGGCUUCUUCUUCUUCUUCGGCAUCAUCAUACACGACACCCCCCGCCUACAGCAGCUCUUCCACACCCACAAUCCUCCCGACCACCACCAUCCUCCCGACCACCACGAGAGUCGGCAGCAACACCACUGCACCGAACUCCACUGUGUCGCAGCCACCCGUGUUCUCCGGUGGGGCGGCGGGUAGGGAGGGAUUUUUGGGCGCGGGGGUGGUCGCCGUUGUGUUGGCUGUUGGUGGGGCAUUUAUCUAG